GAAUUUCCUUCCCAUUUCAGACACCAAAAAACCUGAAAUCCCAAAAAAAUAAAAAAAUCACUGAUAACCACCAAAAUCCGGUUAAAUUCUCAAUUCUCCGACUUUCCGAUUUUCCCAUCAAUCUCACUUCCCACAUUCUCCGACGGCUUCUCACACUCUUUUCUCCGAUCCGGAAUUGGAGAUAUGCCUGGUUGUAUUGUGCUGCUGCUGAUGUGAUUUGAUGUGACUUAUAAAGAUUUUGUGCGGAAGAGUUCUGGACUUCUGUUAAUGGGUGCUCCUAAGCAGAAGUGGACUCCAGAAGAAGAAGCGGCCCUUAAAGCUGGAGUACUUAAACAUGGGGCAGGAAAAUGGCGCACGAUACUCUCGGACAAAGAGUUUGGUACUAUCUUGCAUCUGCGUUCCAAUGUUGAUCUCAAGGACAAAUGGAGAAACAUAAAUGUGACUGCAAUAUGGGGAUCUAGGCAGAAGGCUAAGCUUGCACUCAAAAGGACCACUCCAACUCCUAAACGUGACAAUAGCCCAGUGGCAGUGACAACUGCAGUCAAAAGUAAUGAAGAAACUGUUGACACGAAGCCAGAUGCCAGUUCGGGUGGAAAGGUGCAGACAGAGUCAAAGCCGCCAAUUGCAAGGUUGGAUCAUCUUAUAUAUGAGGCUCUUACAAAUUUGAAGGAGCCAAGGGGUUCUGACAAAAACACAAUCACUAAGUACAUAGAGGAUCAGUAUUGGGCACCAUCAAACCUUAGUAAGCUACUGUCCACAAAGUUAAAGCACAUGACAGCCAAUGGAAAACUAGUUAAGGUAAAGCAUAGAUUCAGAAUUCCACCAAGUUCAGCAACUUCAGAAAAAAGAAGAAGCUCUUCAACAUUGCUCUCAGAAGGAAAGCAGAAGAAUUCUACUAGAGGAGAUAAAACUGUGCUCAGCAUUCUUACUAAAUCACAAGUUGAUGCAGAGCUAACCAUGAUCAGGAGCAUGACUGCUCAAGAGGCUGCUGCUGCUGCUGCGCAAGCAGUUGCCGAAGCAGAAGCUGCCAUUGCAGCUGCUGAAGAGGCAGCACGGGAGGCAGAGGCAGCAGAAGCUGAAGCAGAAGCAGCACAAGUUUUUGCAAAGGCAGCAGUAAAAGCAUUGAAAUGUAGAAGACUUGAUCUUGAUAUGAAACUCGCACACGGGUAACUCAGUUGUUCAGCAAGAACCAUGCCUGGGAUGGCUUAUGCUGGUGCAGCUAUGUCUGCUAAUGUAAAUAGACUGAGCUUCUAUAUCUGGAGCAUGGAAAAUGUCUGUGAUUUUCUUUUUUUCUUUUUAGUUCCAGGUAUCAUUUGUAAGGGAGCUUAGAGAUGCCCUGAUUUUCGGAUAUAACAAUGGAGUGUAUCAACAAAAGUACAAAACUAGUGGAACUAAGAGAUGGGUUUCUGUGUUUUUUUUUUUUUUUGGUGAAUAUGUCUA